UAAUCUCCGGAAACUGAAGGUUGGAGGAAACGCUGCUGGUCUUCAUUCGCUGUUUACAGUUGAAGACACAUUGAGGAAUUCAUUUAAGAAGGGGAUGGAAAGCUGAUAAUUAACAGCAGAUGGUAUAGAACAUUGGAUCAUUGUUUACUACAGGAGAGUUGGAAGUUUAACCUGUACCCAGCCAGCCAUUACAUACAUGCAUCUCUUUGAAAUUAGUCCUUAUUAGAUGAGGAAUUGUACAUUUGUGUGUGGAUGACAUAUCAGUGAUUAUUUCUGCUACACCAGAAGGAUUCAGACCAUUUUCCUAUUUGUGUAUUAGAUUGAAGCUUUCUGAUCAAGGAACUUUGUGCAAAUAGCUGACAAAGAACUUCUGCCUUAUAGAGACACCAUGGGAAAGCAGAACAGUAAACUGAAGCCAGAUGCCUUGGAGGACUUGAAACAAGAGACAGAGUUUAGUGAUCAUGAGCUACAGGAAUGGUAUAAAGGUUUUCUUAAGGACUGCCCCAGUGGCCAUUUGACUGUUGAUGAGUUCAAGAAGAUUUAUGGAAAUUUUUUUCCAUAUGGAGAUGCAUCUAAAUUUGCAGAACAUGUUUUCAGGACCUUCGACACAAAUGGUGAUGGCACAAUAGAUUUCAGGGAGUUCAUCUGUGCACUGAGUGUCACAAGUCGUGGAAAGUUAGAACAGAAAUUAAAAUGGGCUUUCAACAUGUAUGAUUUGGAUGGCAAUGGAUAUAUCUCAAAAGAAGAGAUGUUGGAAAUUGUUAAAGCUAUAUACAAGAUGGUUGGAACAGUGAUGAAAAUGCCGGAGGAUGAAUCUACACCAGAAAAGAGGACUGAAAAAAUAUUCAAACAAAUGGACAAGAACAAUGAUGGAAAGCUGUCUCUACAAGAGUUUAUUGAAGGAGCCAAAAGUGACCCAUCCAUUGUACGGCUAUUACAGUGUGAUGGCAGUAACCAGCCGCUCUGAGUCGGGUGUUUUUGUUUUGUUUCAUUUUAAAGAAUAACUGUUUAUAUACUGAAUGAAAAGAUAUAUAUGAUGAUUGAUAUAUAUUUAAAACUUUUAUGGUUAAAUCUUGAGGAUCGUGUUCAGACUUGAAUGUUGACUUUCACUAGCUGAGGAAUAAGAUGUGAUGAAAAGUCAUUACAUUUGGGGUAUGCCAAAUUUCCUGUGUGUCAUCCAAGCUGUCAGUUAUUGCUUUAAUUCACCAUUCUUGGUUGUGCCUAUAGAGCAAUAUAUUUGUGAGAAGUCUCUGUAAUGGAGGAGCUGUGAUGUAUUCCGCAUAAUUGUUGUGCCUGGACAUAUAAAAUGGAGACUGCUAUCCUGAAAGAUUGUGUUGCUGAGUUGUGAUCUCUCUAUCGGACAAAGUACCAGCCUUGAUAAUAAUGUUGUGCACCCUUGUUAGUAGCGAUAUGUCCAGUCAAGAUGGCAGCACACUUAAGGAUAAUUAAGUGGAAUACUGUUAAUUUUCAAGUUGCAACCCAAGAGAUUUUACAAAUACAUUAAUAACACUUGUUAAAACACCUCUCCUAAAAUUUAAUUCCAUUAUAUGGAUUAAUUCGAACCAGCUUUAAAGUAUCUUUCUUGUUACCUCAACAAAAUUUGCUCAACACUCAUAAAAAGAUGAAACAUUCUCUACAAAAUGUCAUGUAAAACAGGUUUUCUCUAUUGUGGUUAUCUACCAUGGAACAGUGAAAGUGGAAUAAAGCUCCAUGGUGAUAGGGGCACCGAUUUAAAGUUUGGAUGGAGGAUCAUACUUGGGCAUCUGUUUAAAGAGAAAUGCCUUGACUAGUAGCAUCAGAUAUUAGGUUGAUCACUAUUUUUUGUUAAUGCAAAAUUCAACUGUACAUAUAUUUGAUAUUCUCGGUUUUUUUACUUCAGUAAUUUCCAAGAUGUUGAAUCACAGUGUGUGACUUUUCAUUAUUGUUGUUGGUUUUAUUUUUUUAUUUUUUUUUUAACAACACUUAUUAUUCAUAAGACAUCUCAUAAUUGUGAGGUAUACACAAUGGCAAAUAUUGUAUAUUUUGUUUUAUAAAUUCACAAUCUGCAUUUACUUAUCACAAAUGUGUAUGCAAUGGUAUUUGUUUACAUACAGUUGGUCUCACAAACUGGUUCUUAAAGGAAGAAGAUGAGUUUGUAAUAAGGAUUUCAAUUAAUUUUUAAGUAACAUGUGUAUUUAUAAAUGACUGAUUAACAAAAACACUUACACAGUACUUUGAAAAGCUUUUGAUGCUAUGAAAUCCUGAGCUUUUUUUAUGACUCAUUCUGAAAGACGUACUAGAUUGCUUUUUCACUAGUUACACAAAAUGUAUACCCUGUACAGAUGGAAAGUAAUUUAUGAGAUUUAGAGAUAACCAGUAUCGGAUAAAUGUAUAUAUUAAUUAUGAAUACUUUCCAAUUAAGAAAUUCUUGUUUGGUCAGAGUUUAUGUGAAGGUCUGAAGUGCUAGUGGAGGGAUUUCUGGGAAAAAUAACGUAUUUUGAACUGUAUAUUUUGUGUAGUAUAAGAGAGCUAUAAUGAGUUAAUGGAAUCUUGAUAGGUUAACAAUAGUGUAGAAAUGAUACCAUUAUAUUCUGAUCUGUGAUAAGGUUUUACCAACAAACUGUUGAUAGCAUUUCAGAACAGUCCUAAUGAAAUCCUCAUUGUGUUUAAUCAAACUUGUACUAUAUCUAGACUGCAGGGAGCACUAGCAACAUUCUGUGUACUGUAGAUUGUGUGGACCCACAUGUCAUGUAAAAAUAGCGAUAACUUUCACAGAGUCAUGGCAUGAUGCCAUUUAUCAUAUCCUCCAUUACCUGUUUUUCAUUGCUCUGCAUUGAAAUUGUUUGAAUUUUUCUGUGUAAUAUUCUUUUGUUUCCACACCCCCAUCUUCAAACCUAUGAGGUAUUUGAGUUGACCAAUUAGAUUCGUUUAUUCGUCAUUCUCAUAUUCAUAGAAAUCUUUUAGUUUUUCUUUUUGACCGUUAAAGUUUACAUCUAGAAGUAUGGCUCUUAUGUUUGUGAUUACACCUUGAUUUCUAGCCUUUGUAUGUUUUGUUUUUGUACCCAUUGAUAGAUGCUUUUGUCAUCACCUAAUGACACCAUAGCCAGUCUAUAGCUUUGUAUGGUCAUUACCCCAUUAUUUACCUUCUUCAGACAACAUCAAUCUUCUCAGUUAAUCCUCGCUGUCCAGCACAAAUAUUGGUUUAAAAUGAUAUUUCCCAUCCUGUAGACAUCAAUAUCAAAAAUCUGGGAGGUCAUGAACAUUACUGCUAUAAGCUAGCAUCAUUUGUCUUUGUACUAGGCCUAGAGAGAAAUAACCUGAUUAGUGAGGACAACUCAUUUGUUCUAUCUGGUGAACACAUUGCUAUUAGCUAGCAUCAUUUGUCUUUGUACUAGGCCGAGAGAGAGAUAACCUGAUUAGUGAGGACAACUCAUUGUUCUAUCUGGUGAACACAUUGCUAUUAGCUAGCAUCAUUUGUCUUUAUACUAGGCCUAGAGAGAGAUAACCUGAUUAGUGAGGACAACUCAUUGUUCUAUCUGGUGAACACAUUGCUAUUAGCUAGCAUCAUUUGCCUUUGUACUAGGCAGAGAGAGAGAUAACCUGAUUAGUGAGGACAACUCAUUUGUUCUAUCUGGUGAACACAUUGCUAUUAGCUAGCAUCAUUUGUCUUUGUACUAGGCAGAGAGAGAGAUAACCUGAUUAGUGAGGACAACUCAUUUGUUCUAUCUGUUGAACACAUUGCUAUUAGCUAGCAUCAUUUGUCUUUGUACUAGGCCUAGAGAGAGAUAACCUGAUUAGUGAGGACAACUAUGUAUCUGGUUACUGCAUGGACAAUUUGAUAUCUGUAUGUAUGUGACAUAAAUGUAUUGCCACAGUGUUAUACUUGUCUACAUAUUAGUGCUGAUAUCUUGGCACCACUGUUUUAAAAACUUUAGAAUGAACCGUAAAAGUUGUGAUUGGUGGCCAAUUUUUUAAUCUUGGUGCCAGCUGUUGUUUGAGACUAGUUUUCAGACCUUGCCGUCAGCUGUAGUUGGAGACUGGUUGUAUGACCUUGCUGUUAGCUGUAGUUGGAGACUGGUUGUAUGGCCUUGCCAUCAGCUGUAGUUGGAGACUGGUUGUAUGGCCUUGCUGUUAGUUGUAGUUGGAGACUGGUUGUAUGGCCUUGCCGUCAGCUGUAGUUGGAGACUGGUUGUAUGGCCUUGCUGUUAGUUGUAGUUGGAGACUGGUUGUAUGACCUUGCUGUCAGCUGCAGUUUGAAGCUGGUUUGUAUGACCUUGCUGUUAGCUGUAGUUGGAGGCUAGUUGUGCGACCUUGCUCUCAGCUGUAGUUGAAGGCUAGUUGUGUGACCUUGCUGUCAGCUGUAGUUGGAGGCUAGGUGUGCAACCUUGCUGUUAGCUUUAGUUGGAGGCUGGUUGUGUGACCUUGCCGUAAGCUGUAGUUGGAGGCUAGUUGUGUGACCUUGCUGUUAGCUGUUGGAGGCUAGUUGUGUGACCUUGCUGUUAGCUGUAGUUUGAGGCUGAUUGUUUGACCUUGCUGUCAGCUGUAGUUGGAGGCUAGUUGUGCGACCUUGCUCUCAGCUGUUGUUUGAGGCUGGUUGUAUGACCUUGCUGUUAGCUGUAGUUUGAGACUGGUUGUAUGACCUUGUUAUCAGCUGUAGUUGGAGACUGGUUGUAUGACCUUGCUGUCAGCUGCAGUUUGAAGCUGGUAGUAUGACCUUGCUGUCAGCUGUAGUUGGAGGCUGGUUGUGUGACCUUGCUGUCAGCUGUAGUUGAAGGCUAGUUGUGUGACCUUGCUGUUGGAGGCUAGAGUAGUUUUCUGACUGUGAUGUCAGUUGUAGUUUACUAAUUGUCUGAAGUUGCCUGCUGCCUCCUCUGAUUGGCAGCUGUUGGUGAGGAGGCAUUAAUGGAUCAAUUCCAUGAAUUGUUCUUGUGGCAUUCAUUAGCCUAUGUCACAUAUGCACAUUUUUUUUAUCGUUGUCUUGAUACCGUACUCACUCUACUAUACAUGCAAUGACUGAGCUAUAAGCAUAGAGCAUUAUGAUUAUAUCAAAUGUAAUGGGAACUGCUCCUGUAGUGUGACAGGUUGGUGUCAUUAGGUGUAUAGACAUGAGGUGUGUUAUUUAGGUACAUUAAUGUAUAGAUGUAGCUCCUACAUCUAUACUGAACAUCUAGGUGUCAGCAGAAAUGGAUCAUCAGUGUGGCAGUAGAUUUAACACAUGGGGCAAGCUUUUGCCAGAAACCUACAAGAUAUUGUAAUGUUGGAAAUAUUUAAUAGUACAUAAAUGUCAACUAAUUAUUUUAGAAUAAGGUUCAUAUUCUGAUUUGAUGGAAUACUGUUUGUGACUUCCCAAAAAAUGUUAUUUUGGGGAAGAUUUCAUCUUUAAAAAAAAGUCUUCAGUAAUGAAUUUUAACAUUCCAGAUUCAAUGAAAGGAUGGUAUAUAGGAGAAACUGACAAAUACAAAUUAUUUUAAUUUGUCAGAUUUUUUCUUUACUAACAUGAAAGGUUUUUUUCUCCUGUUUUUAUAUAUUAUACACAGUAUCACUGAGUAAAGACAUUAAAUGCCAAACCUGUUCAAGUCCUUAUCAUUUAGAUUGUAAAAUGUGAACAAAACUAAAUCUCCUCUUUAGUGAUCUUACAAUGACUAGUGUCAGAUGUAACAAAGUUGUGUACUGUAGGUUGUGUGUGAUCUAGAUCUCAAUUUGUCUGCUGUGUGUACAAAUGGCAAUGUAAACAAUGGCAACCUUACUUGUACAUAGCUUGUUUAUUGUUAUACUUCCACAAUGCAGAAGUACAUUUUUGUGUUCUUUCUUUUCAGAUUGUGAUUGUUGUUGAAUAUGUUAAAUUUUUUUAGAACUCUAGUAAGCAUUUAGCUAAUAGCAUAUACAAGAUUCCAUUUUGAAACAUGAACAGUUUCUAAUGCAAAAUGUUUGGAAUUAUCUGUUUUAUUGCAUUCUGAGUGACCUGUAAUUCAGUUUUUAGCAAUGGUUACUGCACUAAAACUUCAGCACUUAGAAAGGAAAAAAAAAACACCAGAAAAGAGGAAAAGGAAAUUGUAAGUAGGUAAGAACAAGUAGCCACACAUUAGAUUGAGUAACUUAGGUACUGUAGUCAGCUUACACAUAAAACAUUAUACACAACUUGGAAAAUUUGGCAAAUUUGAUUUGAUUAUACCAUUAGGUAUCCAUGACAACAUGUAAAUAUUUUUUUAUGUAUGGACAUGAAUUUGACUUUUUUCAUUGUUCACUAAUCAUUGCUGUUGUUCAUUGACUCCACAUAUUUCACCAUUCACCCUAUAUAUCGGUAUAUAUACCGGUAAUCCAAUGUGUGACAGGAUGUACAUUUCUCUCCGUGUUAAUAUCAUUGAUCUUAAUGUAUUUUAUGAAUUAAAGAACUUCCUUCCCAAGCUUUA